AUGGAACGUUUUUUCUACUGUUACGGAGCCUCUGGUCGUUUAGAAGUUCGAAGUGUUGUCUUCGAGAAGUACAUAAAUAGUACGAAUGAUUGUGUUCUGAGUCAGAAACAGAUAUUACCAAACAAAUACCUCUUCAAGGACAAAAUCGUCAGAGUCAUCGAAUUUCCGGCAUAUAUCGAGAACUGUGGGAAUGCGAGUGCUCGAUCUGAAAAUAUUCGCGAUCUGGUUCAAGAAGCAGAAAUUGUAGCUGAUCUUAAAAUUGCUAUGUGCUAUGAUCACAUCCUCAAUAAAGAAGAUUGCAAAAAUAUGAAGUUUCUGGGUCUCGAGAUGAUUCCGGUUGGCCAUGAAACUCUUUUUUAUGAGACUCUAGAGAAGUACAUUGAUAAUCUUCCUUCGAUUUAUGUAAAUAUAACCACAGAAUCUGGGAACCUGAUAUCAAAGUACAAGUAUUUCUCUUCUGUUUCCAACAAUUUCGUUCUUUGGCCAUCAUUUUUUGCCAUUCUCACUGUAAUCUUGUUUUUCUUCGGAAGUGUUUUUCUCUGUUGUUGUGGUCUCGGUCUAUUUGCAUUGGUCGAGGAAGAUUUCCAGAAACGGAAUGAGGAAAGAGAUUGGUUGGCUCUCCAAGUGAGAAGGAAUGAAGACCGUGAAGUGUAUGCAGUGUCUCCUGCUUUAUCACAAAAUGGUUGUCUUGCAACUGCUAUCUCGAAACACUCGACAUCUAAUUUGGAAACAGCAAAAAGCAACACCAGCUCUUCUAAAUCCAGUUCCAGUUCCGAUGUUGUUACAGACAGUACCCAACCUACUGAAACGAUUUCAGGAACCACUCGUACCGCCAGAUCAAAAAUUGAAACAAAUUUAGAAACGGCAAAAUCAUCGAACUCGAAUUAG